AUCAUCGGUAUUGGCAGCAAUGGCUAAUGUCUCUCUUUUCUUCACCUUCUCUUUCCUCUUCCUGUUAGCUACUUGUAUUCACUGCUAUGAGGCCAAAGGUGUCAGUUCAUUAGGCAGGGAAGAUUUGUUGUUGUCUAGGCUAAGAUACACAAAUGUUGUAGAUAAUAUUGAUAAGACAAAACUUGUAUCAAGUUCAAAUAUCCCUGUGUAUAUUGGCCUUCAAGAUGGGCUCAAGGAGAGUGACAAGAUUGAGAACUUACCUGGACAAUCCAAAGGUGUAGAUUUCGCUCAAUAUGCAGGGCAUGUUACUAUAGAUCCCAUUACUGGAAAAGCUUUGUUUUAUUACUUCGCAGAAUCGCCCCAAAAUCCUUCUUCUAAACCCCUUGUUCUAUGGCUUAAUGGAGGACCAGGUUGUUCUUCGCUUGGAGGAGGAGCAUUCGGGGAACUCGGGCCAUUUAGACCUGCUAAAGAUGGCAAAACUCUUAACAAUAAUCCAUAUGCGUGGAAUAACCUUGCAAAUAUAAUUUUUCUGGAAUCACCUAUUGGAGUUGGAUUCUCGUACACAAAUACAAGCUCGGACUAUGACAACGUUGGAGACGAAAGCACAGCCCAGGAUACAUAUACAUUUCUAGUUAACUGGCUCGAGAGAUUCCCAGAAUACAAGACUAGGGAUUUUUACCUUACAGGAGAGAGUUACGCAGGGCACUAUGUUCCCCAGCUGGCUCAGCUUAUAUUGCACAACAACCAGCACACAAACCAGACAAGAAUCAAUCUCAAAGGCAUUGCUAUUGGAAAUGCAUAUGUGGACUAUGAAGCGAAUUUGCAGGGAACGGCGGACUACUAUUGGAGUCAUGCUUUGAUUUCCGAUGAACUAUAUAAGAACAUCUUAACAACCUGCAAUUUCUCUAUUCCCAGUGCUACGUCAGACAAAUGCUUAGAUUUAGUUGACGGUCAAAUGAGCGAUGAAUCUGGAAAUAUUUACUCGUACGACAUCUACGCUCCGUUAUGCGGUUCUGGCACACCCUCAUCGUAUUCUAUCUCUGGAUAUGAUCCCUGCACUGAAGAUUAUACGUACACAUACUUAAACACUCUUGAGGUUCAGGCUGCUCUUCAUGCAAACAUAACUGCCAGUGCCCAUCCAUGGGACAAGUGCAACUUCACACUUUUUGCCGGCUGGAAAGUGCCGCCAACUGUUUUACCGGUCAUAACGGAAUUGAUGGGAACUGGUAUUCGUAUCUGGCUGUACAGUGGAGAUACAGAUAAUAGAGUGCCAAUAACAGACACACGAUAUGCCUUGUACAAACUUGGAGUAACGGUUAAAACUCCUUGGUACCCUUGGUAUCUCCCAGGAUACGAGGUUGGUGGAUAUGUAGAGGAAUAUGAAAACAUAACGUUGGUGACAGUACGAGGAGCAGGGCAUUUUGUUCCUAGUUAUCAGCCAGCGCGGGCACUUGUGCUCUUCUCUUCCUUCAUCAAUGGAACCCUUCCCCCCAAUGACAAUACACACUAGCUAGUUAACUAAUUGUAUCGUGUUCCCUUUAUCUCGUCACUUAGGGGAGUGUAUUCAAUCACUAGCUUUUUCGUUUUACACUGAUUUAAAUAAUAGUUUUUUUUUUUUUUUUAAAUAUCUCAACGUGACAUCGAGACAUGCAAUCAAGGGUUGGAUUGUUGUACGUAAGGGAUCUUAUUUAUUUAUUCAAGAAUGCAAGUUGGAACCUUGGAGAA